AUUCAUGCUGAUUUUCUCUUUAUUUCCUCUGUCUUCAGGAUCCGAGCUUCCAGAAGACCUCAGUGUACUUGCUGUCACCACAUGGAACGCCACAGAUGGGCCCUUCAUCCGCCUUGAAGCUCCCAUGAACAACAUAACGACGUCGCUGGGUCAAACGGCCGAUCUUCUCUGCCGCGUGUCCGGGAACCCGACGCCUGUCGUGCGCUGGCUGAAGAACGACGCCCCGGUGGUGCCGGAGCCGAGGCGGGUCUCCUGCCGAGCCAUGCCCUACGGAUCGCGCCUGCGUAUCCGCAACCUGGACACGACGGACACAGGGUACUUCCAGUGCGUUGCGACCAACUCGCAGGGCAGCGUUUCCACGACCGGGGUGCUGUUUGUCAAAUUUGAUCCACUCCCUACACCUCUGUCAGGAAGGCCAACGGUGGAUAUGAAUGAAGAUGGAUUCUGCCAGCCGUACAGAGGCAUAGCCUGCGCUCGCUUCAUCGGAAACCGCAGCAUCUACGUCGAUUCGCUGCAGAUGCAGGGGGAAAUUGAGACUCAGAUCACAGCUGCCUUCACCAUGAUCGGGACUUCUAAUCACCUGUCCGACCGUUGCUCCCAGUUUGCCAUCCCGUCUCUCUGCCACUUUGCCUUUCCGACGUGCGACCGCACCUCGGGCAUCGACAAGCCUCGGGACCUUUGUAAGGACGAAUGCGAGAUCCUGGAGAAUGAUUUGUGCAAGACGGAGUACAUCAUCGCCCGCUCCAACCCCAUCAUACUGAAGAGCCUCAAACUGCCGAACUGUGAGGAGCUGGCUGCCUCGGACAGCCCCAAGGCUGCCAACUGUUUAAGGAUCGGGAUCCCCAUGGCUGAGCCUAUUAACAAGAGUCACAAGUGUUACAACAACACUGGGGCAGACUACAGAGGGACGGUGAGCGUGACCAAAUCGGGCCGUCAGUGUCAGCCGUGGAACUCCCAGUAUCCUCACAGCCACACCUACCUGGCAGUCCGCUACACGGAGCUCAACGGGGGCCACUCUUACUGCCGCAACCCGGGGAACAAACACGAAGCCCCCUGGUGCUUCACGCUGGAUGAAAGCGUCCGCACGGAGCUCUGCGAAAUUCCAAUCUGUGACCACAAAGACAAGUCCGGCGGCAGCAUGGAGAUCCUUUACAUUCUAGUUCCCAGCGUGGCGAUCCCCUUGGCCAUCGUUCUGCUUUUCUUCUUCAUCUGCGUGUGCCGCAACAACCAGAAGUCCUCCAGGCCUCCGGCUGCUCGUCCGCAGAAACCAGUGCGAGGUCAAAAUGUUGAGAUGUCCAUGCUCACAACUGCCUACAAACCAAAGAGCAAAGCCAAAGAGCUUCCCCUGUCGGCGGUGCGUUUCAUGGAGGAACUCGGAGAAUGCACGUUGGGAAAGAUCUACAAGGGUCAUCUGUACCUGCCGGGCAUGGACCAGGCGCAGCUUGUGGCCAUUAAGACUCUAAAGGACAUUUCCACCGCCCAGCAGUGGACAGACUUCCAGCAGGAGGCUGCUGUGCUGACUGAGCUCCAGCACCCGAACGUGGUCUGCCUCCUCGGUGUGGUCACCCAGGAGCAACCUGCCUGCAUGCUGUUCGAGUUUCUGCCACAAGGGGAUCUCCACGAGUUCCUGAUCAUGCGUUCGCCGCACUCGGACGUGGGCUGCAGCAGCGACGAGGAUGGCACGGUUAAAUCCAGUCUGGAUCAUGGGGACUUCCUGCAUAUGGCCAUACAGGUUGCCGGAGGGAUGGAAUAUCUAGCCAGUCACUUCUACAUCCAUAAAGACCUCGCAGCGAGGAAUAUUUUAGUGGGUGAACAGCUGCACGUGAAGAUUUCCGACCUGGGUCUCUCCAGGGAGAUCUACUCCUCCGACUACUACUGCAUCCAGCCUAAGACCCUGGUGCCCAUCCGCUGGAUGCCCCCUGAGGCCAUCUCCUACGGGAAGUUCACCACAGACUCGGACAUCUGGUCGUUUGGGGUGGUGCUGUGGGAGCUCUUCAGCUACGGCCUGCAGCCCUACUACGGCUUCUCCAACCAGGAAGUGAUGGAGAUGGUGAGGAAGAGGCAGCUGCUGCCCUGCCCCGAGGACUGCCCGCCAAGGUUUUAUGGUUUGAUGACAGAAUGCUGGCAGGAAGGACCAGCGCGCAGGCCACGCUUUAAAGACAUCCACGGCCGCUUGCGAGCCUGGGAGGGUCUGUCGUCCCACGCCAGCUCCAGCACGCCCUCUGGUGGAGGAGGAAACGCCACCACUCAGACCACCUCGCUCAGCGCCAGUCCCGUCAGCAACCUCAGCAACCCACGCUUUGCCGCCGCCCCCGCCGGGUACCUCUACCCCGCCCAGGCCAUCCCUGCACCGGGGCAGAUGGCUCCCAUCUCUGCCUGGACACCGAUGGCUGUGUCCCAAACCCAUCAGCGCUUCAUCCCCGUCAACGGCUACCCCAUUCCGCCGGGAUACGCCGCCUUCCCGGCUCACUUUGCGGCUCCAGCGCCACCUACCAGAGUCAUCCAGCACCACCUGCCGCCUCCGAAAAGCCGCUCCCCCAGCAGCGCCAGCGGCUCGACCAGCACGGGUCACGUCAGCGGGGUGCCUUCCACCACGGGCUCCAACCACGAGGCCAACACGCCGCUGCUUUCCCACUGCGUCAUGCCGGGGAACGGCGGCGGGCCGGGUCAGGUGUACGGACAAGUUUCCCAAAAGGGGGUGACGCAGAUUGACCACGUUUCGCAAACUUCAGCUCUGCUCGCCCCGGACUCUGACGUGCUGAUGUACAAUGACUCAGUCAUCACCGCAGACCUGUAAAUUGGCAGAGGGAUGUUGCCCCCUCUUCCUGCUUGGGACCCUUUAUAUGAGAAGUUCUGCCUCUCAGCCAGGGAGCCAAAAUCCCAGUUCAACUUUGGCCGUAGUGAGACCAGGCAGACGCAGGCUUGUUCUCGCUGCUGGUCGUGCAAAAAAAAACAACAACAACAAAAACAUUGCUGCAGCUACAUAACUAUUGCAAACAGAUGUCGGACUUCCCUUAUUGUUUAAAGUGUACUUACUAUCAUGGUUUAACAAUGUUACUAUGGUAAUCUCUGUAAAUACGGUGCAUAAAAAUGUCGAGUGAAUGAUUUAAAAAAAAAAAUGCAUAUAAAUCUAUAUUCAAAAAGGACUUUUUAAGACGAGCAGUGUGGCGGUAAAAACAAAGUAGCAAAGUGCAUCCCUUUAAAACGUGUAUUCUAUUAGACCCUGACAGCGAGUUGCUGUUUCGCUUAGUAGACAUUUUUAUACAGAGUCGUAAACAUUCACGAGACGCUCCUUUGGGUACCUCCUGAAUACACACUCCCACCCCGAGAAACAAAAUGCUUUAGUCAAGCAAGGCCAACCGCUGGAUUUCAGUGAGAAAGUCAACGCGCUGGUUCCCUUCUCCGCCCUUUGGACUUGGAGUGUGUCCGGUUCCGUGCCCGCCUGAGAGCUCACAGCUCUGCAGUGACAUGGCGGGAGUUGAUCAGAGCUUCCUCACUAUCACCAUAUUCCACCGUAGAGAAUGACAGCUGAAUGUUCUUUUUAGUUUGUUUGAUUAUCUGCAGUUUCGACAUGAAUGCAAAAAAAAAAAAAAUAAAAAAUCCUGCUCCUCCUGCUUUAACUUGUCAAGAGUUGCUCAGAACAGAGACGUCUGUUGGUCAGUGGCAUCAACCUUCAGUCCUCGGCUCACUCUCAGAGAUCCAGGGGACCUGCGACCUUUCCACGGCGAGCAGUUUUGCUGUUGGAUAUAAAGUUCAAAGAGAUAGUUUGGUUUUUCCUAAAGUGGAAUAGUCAUUAACACAGCUGAUUGCAGUCAGAGUGAUCUCACUUUGGAGAAUCGGGGAGACAUCGUCCUGGCUUGUAGCUAAUCAAAACGGAGGUCGUGCUAGAGCGAAUAUCCACAAUUCAAACUCAAAUUUACAUCUUAGCGCCUGAUCGCUAAUGAAAGAAGCAGCUUUUUUUUUUUUUUUUUUUUUUUUGUAGCUGUCGUUUUUGUUUUUUUCCAACCAGGCAGCAGCUCCCAGUUAGCAUGAGUCCAAUUAAAACGUAGCUAUGGCAAAAAGGUUCUGGGGAGUUUGGGAGGAUGUUCUGGGACAGAACAGAGAGAGGAAGAACUGCUCGUCACAGCACUGAUUUUUUUUUUUAGUGGACUUGGUUCAGUGGCAACAGGAUCUCUCAGCUGCCGCGGUAGCAGUUAGCAUGCUGUAGCUACACGCACAUUAGUCAAACCACAGGCUACCUUUUUGGUUAGGAAAAUCUGAGGCUUAAAGAUCAAAUGUUCCACAGUGAAGGUUUUUAAAUCAGAUGUAACUGGGUUUACUUGGCUAACUGUAAAUUUAGAUGUACUUUCAAAAAACUUUUUAUGGCUUUGUCCACUAAAAAGGAAUACUGCCCUUUUUACUGUUUCUUUAUGUCUUGCCAAGCUGGCCUCCAUCUUGCUGAAAUUCAGCAUCAUUGUGUGCUGAAAAGGCUGAUGAUGAAGAACAAAUGACAAGCGUCUUAGAUAAAAUAUUAGCCCUGUUUGCAUUAUGGAAUUAAUAAGGAUUUUAUCAAAAACCUACUGCAUUGCUUAUGUAUUUUACUUCAUUUUACCAUUUUUUUUGUUGGCAAACGUUUCAAACAAUUGAAUGACAAAUAUGAAAAUUGCUGUUCCCAGGGCCAUAAGCAAUUUUAUUUGAGGCCGGUCUUCUAUGAAAAUUUGUGUUUGAGCUGUUCUGGAUAAGAGAAAUUAGGUGUUAGCUUAACUCCCCAUUUAGAUCUUUUCGUAACUAAUCCAAACACUCUUACUUCAGAAAAAAUAUUUUUUUUCCCAUAUUUAUUGCAGACAGGGUAAGAUAUUGACAACUCGCAAUUACCCCCGCACGUCCAACAACAGUGAAGACUAAACUAUCCCUUCAAACACCUUUUUUACAAAUUAUUUUCAGUAAAUAUGUUUCUAGCGCUUUAUUUAAAAUAAAUGAAAGCAUUUUUUCCAGAAUUGUAAAAAAUGUACCAGCGAGGAUAGCGGUGUUGGAUGUUUAAUAGUAACAUACACAGUGCCUCUAACGGAUGAUGUCACUCUGGGGUCUCUGCUAUUUACAUGUGAAAAACAAUGUUAUUGGAAGUCAUCAUAUGUGUGGUGUUGUUUUUGUUUUUGAAUAUGACAGAUUUUCUUUAUUCUAUUCAUGCACCAGGUUCUGCUGACACAGCAUUUAGUGUACUGACAUGCAGGGUAACAAGCAAGCGACCCAACAAGUACAAAUCAUUUCACGUUUGUCAAAGUUUUUCUGCAUCUGUAUUUAUUUUCAAUGUCUUUUAAUGUCAAGCAGCAAGUUAGCGGCCUAGAUUCUCUCUGAUAUUCUUUUACUAAAUGAAGAAACAUGUGUUGGGUAAAUGGUGAACCUUCUCUCUUUUUGUUGGAUGCUAAUGUCAAUUACUAAAUAUGAAGCUUUUGUUCUGUUCGGGGUUUUUUUUUUAGGGUCAUAAUACCACAAGGAACAGUUUAUUAAAGUUUUGACUUUCAAAAAGCCUUCCCUUCUUUGUAUUUGACAAUCCUCAAAAUAUAAACGUUCACACAGGCACUCUCUGCUGUGUGUGUAUUUGCACGUGUGUGUGCGUGUUGCACCGCGCUCACACGCCAUCAACCAGCUGUGUUUGAGAGAUUUAUGUGCAGCACAGAAUUUUUAUUUGCAAACUGUAUAAAAUGAUUUAAUGCAGAUGUAAAAUACUUUUCUGUAUUUACUUUAUUUGAUCCAUUAAUUGAUUGUUAAAAAGGGCGUUGGCUAUAAUUAACUUUACUUCAUGAAUUUAAGUUAGAAACAAUCAACUUAACUGUGGACAAAAGUAAAAGCAAUUUUCAGUCAUUGGUUUUAGAGUUUUUAGGAUGAUAUGUAUGUUUUGAAGUACAGUUUUACUUCUGUCUAAGAAGUCUGUCCUCUUUUUAUUUUUAUUUUUUUCUAUCGUAGACGGAGCUACCUAAACCUGAGUUUGUUCACUUCCAGCACGUAACGGAUGUGUGAGUGCAAAAACCACUUGUACACAAGACUGUGAAUCUUUAUCAAGUCUGUUUUUUUUGUUUUUGUUUUUUUUUGUUUGUGGCAAAACCAUCAUAUUUUUGUCGUUUAUUUUUCCAACAGCCAACACAGAUUUAUACUCACCUAAGGUUUACUCGCAUAUUGACCAAGUUAGGCCUUGUCUUUGUAAUUCAUCCAAAUAUUUUUGCACAAACGUUUUUGUAUUGCAAAAAUCAUUAUUAUUAAAUGAUGUUUGUUAAAGUC